GACAAACACUGUCAGCAUUUAGACUCAGGGUAAAAACAAGGUCUAGAGUGUGUCCCUUGGUGUGUAUGGGGCCAGAAACAUGCUGGGUAAAGCUGAAGCAGUCGAUAAGGCUGGAGAAAUUCAUGGCAAAGUGAUCAGAGGCAUCGUCAACAUGAAUGUUAAAAUCACCAACAAUCACCAGUCUGGACAGCUUCACAGUGGAGGAUAGAAAGUCACUAAACUCCUGAAGGAAAGAACUGUUUGGACCAGGUGGUUGAUAAACUACAGCACAGUAGAACGGGUCCUUACGCCCGACUUUAAUCAGCUGCAGUUCAAAGGAAGCAAAGUGACCAGAGGUUGUAGAGCUACAUGGAAGAUGGUCUCUGAAAACAACAGCUAGGCCUCCACCACGACCAGAACCCCGAGGCUGGCUAAGAAAAGAAUAACCACUCGGGCAAAGUUCAAUCAGAGCAGAAUAAUCAGAUGUUUGCUGCCAAACUUCAGUCAGAAACAGAAAAUCCAGGUUUUAAGAGAGAAUUAGAUCAUUGAGCAGGAAGGACUUAUUGUUAACAAAGCGGGUAUUUAAUAGAGCCAUUCUGAGUGAGGAGGAAUCAGAAACUACAGAAACAGCUGGAGUUAGUGGACAUAAAUUAGCAGGGUUAGAUCCACGGUGUUUAUAAAUACCACUUAUGGAGGGAACAGGAGGGGAAACCAGUGAAGAAUGAGGAUAAACAGACCUUAAAAAACUUGGACAGAGAGACCGCGCCGCAACGUGGCCGGGUGGGAAUGCAGAAGUGGCGCUCAGGUCAUCAAACAAAGGACACGAAGCUAGAAGAUCACGCCGAUGUUUACCAGAUAAACCAUGCUUUAAGAGAAGUGUUAUUCCCACCUGGAUUCCUGCUCGUUUACCUCUUUUGCUCCGACGUUUUCCUGGGACUGGAUAAACAUUGCUGGAGGUGUCCUGGUAGGAAUCAUCGUUUAGUUCCGGGCCAGCGUGCCGCUCAGGUAAACAAACAGGGAGGUACAUCCUUGGUGCAUCUUGGACGAUCGUGAACGAACGGAAGGACAAACGAGUCUGGCGAUCAUAGGAGAUGGUGGCAGGGACACUACCAAAGAGGAUCGCAGACAGAAGCAAGGUGGAAAAGAGGAGGUUAGUGGGUAAAAUUUUGAGAAAGUGGCCGGUGCACAGGUGUUAUCUUGUUACCGACCUCACCAGAGAUGAGAUAACAUGGCCAACAGCUAACAGCUUGACAACCGGCUCUAAUGACAGAACAAGGGUACAUCAGGUAACAUCACGCAACAACAUCAGGUAGGACAUGGUGUCGUUACUUGAAGUUGUUACUUGGACAAUAUUUAGACUGGAGCCAUGUGCAAACCUGUGUAUGAGCUGUAUGUUUGGGACGUCAAAUGACUGCAGUGCAAAAAAUAAAAAUAAUCAUCUAUGAAUUACAGCUCUUUGUGCUUUGCAUUUUGUUGAGGGUGUUCAUGCAAAAUAUAUUUGUUUUUCUGUCAUUUACAGGGCAUGCAUAGUGUAUAAAGAGCUUCCCAUCAUGCAGAUCACACAAACAACCUGCUGGUCUUGAUUUUUGCAUCAUUUCAUCUCCAUUGAGUUUGUUGAUCUGGACCAGAAAUACUGAAUGUGCUGCUGAAGAGAUGUCUUCCAACUCUUCAUUCUUCAACAACUCCUUUCUCGGGCAACAAUUUCCCACCUUCAGCUGCUUUUCAACCAGUCUGUUUGUGUACAUAGUCGGCACGUUCUGUGUCACCAAAAUCCUCCUCCUCCUUCCUCUCUGCAUCUUCAUCCUCUGCUUUGGCGUCCAACAACUGCAGCUAAAGACCUCAACAAUGAGCCACUGUGACAGCUUCACCUACCACCUAGCCAGCAUGGAGAUGAUCGGAACUCUCGGCUGGAUUGUCAGUUUUUGUGGAAGCUGCAUGAAAAAUCGUGCAAUAUUCAAGUUAGCCUCAGCUUUCUUUCCGAACCCUUGGUAUGGACAAAUAUUCUUUCACACUUUGACCUGCAUGGAGCGCUACCUGGCUGUCAUUCACCCCAUCACCUAUGUGACCCUAAAAAAUGACAAAUGGAUCAGAAUCAGAAACCGCACCAAUGGUUGCAUCUGGCUGCUUUGUAUUUUUGCAAAUGCAUUUGUGUCGAUGACUAACAUCAUUUAUUUAGAGACUUCCUUGCUAACGUCAUCCACAAUAAUUGUCUUCUACUGCAGCCUGGCGGUUCUCUGGGUUCUGACUCGUCCAGGUCCAGGAGAACUGGGAAACGGCAGAAAGAGGGUUGAACAAUCAAAACUAAGGGCUUUCUACAUCAUUAUUGUCUUUUUGAUGAUACUGAUGCUGAAAUUAUCUUUUGGUCUGAUAGCUGCUGGUUUAGAAGUGAUGAGCAAGAUGGAUGUCUGCACAAUUACAGAAUUGACCGUCUGGUUCAGUCUACCUAGCAGCCUAGUUUUACCUCUGCUGUUCCUAAAAAAACGGAAAUAUUUGGUGUGUUGCAAGUAA